CUUCCCAUCCAAAACCAACCAAAUUCACUCGUUUCAUAUCUCCCUCUUCUAUUCGAUUCUCUCUUUCUUUCUCCAUUUCUGCUCCAACCCAUUCUUCCACUACCUUGACUUAACCCAGUCCUUGCUGGGGAUAUGAUAUCCCGGCAGCAACCGAACGGGGCGGACCUGGUUUCCUCGGAAAACCUCAACGCAUGGAUGUUUGAUGAUUAUGGUUUGUUAGACGGCAUUACAGUGCCUGGUGGUGAUCUUCCUUCACUUCAUCCUUCUGCCCCUAUCUGGUCAUCUAAUUCCCUCACUUGCUCUAAUCCUCUCAGUGCAGAAUUUAAUGAAUCAUUUGGGAAUUCCAAUAAUCUUAUCGAACCAGGCUCCCGAAAACGGGUGAGGUCUGGAACAUGUAGUGCAACUGCCUCCAAAGCUUGCAGGGAAAAGAUGAGAAGGGAUAGGUUAAAUGACAGGUUCCUGGAAUUGGGUUCUAUCCUAGAUCCAGGAAGGCCUCCCAAAGUAGACAAGGCUCUUAUAUUGGUUGAUGCUGUUCAAAUGGUUACGCACUUACGGGAUGAAGCCCUGAAAUUGAAGGAGUCAAAUGAGAGUCUGCAGGAGAAGAUUAAUGAGCUAAAAGCUCAAAAAAAUGAACUCCGGGAUGAGAAACAGAGGCUGAAGGCCGAGAAAGAGAAUCUUGAGCGGCAAGUCAAGGCCAUGAGUUCUCAUCCAGGAUUCCUAUCCCAUCCUGCUGCCAUUCCAACUCAAUUUACUACCCAAGGCCAAGUUGUUGGUGGGAAGCCGGUUCCCUAUGUUGGUUAUCCCGGAGUUUCCAUGUGGCAGUUCUUGCCUCCUGCCGCUUUCGAUACAUCACAGGAUCAUGUUCUCCGCCCUCCGGUUGCAUAAGUUGGAAGGCUGAGCUGUUGUUGACGUAUUUCGUCAGCAUAAAGAAGCAAUUAUGUUUAUCAUUUAUCUGUUAUUGACAGAUGUUGGAAUCUGGGUGUGCUGCUAACAGUUGGAAAAAACCAUUGAUUCAUAGCAUCCUGGAGUUAAGGUGCUUGUGUUAUUUUUACCAGGA